UUGACCCCAUAAACCAAAACACCCAAUCCUCUCCUUCGAGUCCCUUCCACAGGUCCCUUUCCCAUGUCACUCCCAAUUCCACAUCCCUUAAUAAUCUCGCCUUCGUCUCUCUGUCUUCUUUCCUUCUCUUUCGAUCGAAAUGGGCGCCAUGCUAUACGACACCAUCGCGUGUUUCGUCCUCUCCGUCUACGGCGUCUACCACAUGAUCUCCGCCGCCAGAUCGCACUUGAAACCCACAUCUCGAGGCACAUCCCUCUCCGGUGACUACUCCGCCAGGCCAUACUACCCCUUUCCUCUCCACUCUCACCGUCAUCACCUGCUCCGCCACCUCCCCUUCUACUUCGGGAUCGUCAUUCUCUCCAUCUCCAUCGUCCACCUCUCCUUCUCCUCCUCCGGCGCACAACACUUCUUCUCCCUCUCCUCCGCUGCCGCGCUGCUCCUCCUCCUCAUCCUCCUCCCCUUCGCCGCCCUCUCCUCCGCCUCCGCCCCGCCGGACCUCAUCUUCCUCCUCGCUUCUCUCGCCUUCGCUCUCCUCUCCUAUUCAUCUUUUCGUUUCUCUUCAUCCUUCCCUCCUUCUGACCUCCAGGCUAAGUCCUACUCGAUCUCCGCUCUCAUCUCCGCAGCCUCCGCUGUUGCCUCCCUCUCCCUUGCCCUCUUCCCCAAGCUCUUCGUUUCCGAGCUCUCCCUCGCCGCUUCCAUUUUCCUCAAAGGUCUCUGGUUCUUCGUGUCGGGUCUCUUACUCUACAUUGAAGCCUUCAUCCCCGAGGGCUGUCAUAGCCUCAUUGACCUCCCCGAUGGGCCCACGAGGUGCGAUCUCGAUGAGUUCAGAGUGAGGGCUACGGCCAUCUUGGAUUUAGCGUUUGCCCUCAAUUGCGUGUUUGUGGCCGUGGUGGUGUUGGCUUUGUACGCAAUGGCAGGCCGGGUGUUUGGGGGGUUGGGUAGAAGGCUCAAUGGCGGGGGCUCCUAUGAGGCUCUGCCUACUUCUUCGUCUACCGCCACAUUGAGUGAUAUGGAGCCGGUGCAGAUGAAGGCCAUUGGGAAGAACUCCAUGCAGGAAUAGCUUUUUUUUUAAGAGGGCACAUUCUUUCCCAACACUCUUAUGAGGAUUUUAAAAUCUCAGUUGCUGAAAGCCAGAAUUAUGCCUUGUCUGCCCCUGGUAUCCUCACCUUCAGGCUUCUUGUCCGCUGCUCUCAAGACUACUCACAAAAAGGAGCCCCCGGUCCAAUCUUGUUACUCAAAGCUGAUGAUGUGUGAUACCAGAGACCAAUUCCUUGGGGCGCAUUUCUGUUUUAUGGGUGUUUCUUUUUGUUUGGCAAUUUUCAACUGAUACACAUACACAAUGCCCAGUUUAAUAUAUAUUGUUCAUGCAUUUGUUUGCUU